AUGGCGGGUUUCCGUGGAAACUUCGGAGAUCAAACGAGGGAUCCUUCGAUCGGAUCAAAUCCCGGUUCUGGAGUUUGCAUGAUGAAUACAUCAUGGAAGGAUAAACAGCAUCCUGCAUUCAUUAGUUUCAUCUCAUCAUUUCUUAGCGCGAAUUCAUACCGUCUUAACUUCCUGCCCAUAUCUCCUGAUUUCAUAUUCAACAACGGGGGAUUAUCAGUCGCAUUCAUUUUUGAAACAAUUUGGGACUGUGACAAUGAAUCUGCCCUCUUUAGUCGAGCUGAGAAACUGAAAAGGCAGUUUAAGCAUCUGUAUGUUGUUGUUUCUGUUCCUACUAAGGAGCAGAAUGAUUCUUUCAACCAGUCAUACUUCAGGUAUGGUGUGGUGCUUGGAAAUCCAACCUUUAUGCCAGUUCGUGAUCCUGAGAUGGGUUUCGAGAAGAUCGUGAAGAUAGCUCAUGCUCGUGGGGUUUGUAAACAACAAGAUGCCAUCACCAUGAUGAAGAAUGAGCGUAUACGUGCAGUUCAGGACAUGGACGUGUUUAUACGGGUUGUCACCUCAAUACCUGGCAUUGAUAAUCAUGAUGCAAAUGCGGCCAUUGGCUCGAUUGAAGCAAUAUCUAAAGCCUCAAAGGGACUGAUUUUGGAAAACACCGACCUCUCGAUGGAUAAAGCAGAAAGGAUUGUGAGAUUUUUCCAAGAUUCACAGUACUAUCUGAGUCCGAGGAUCAAUUAACUUUUGAAGGUAAUUCUGGAAUACGUAACCGCGUGCUGCUGUCUGUGACACUUGGGGAUGUAAUUGAAAUUCGGCCAUCAGCCAAGUGUUGAUGGUGGUUUUCUGCCAGUUUCACU